UCCUUGGCCUGUGAGCAGAGCCGGGAGGCGCCUAGUAGAGACUGGUUUGUGGGGGCGCUAGGGGCCCGGCCUGCGGGUGGAAGCCGCUCCGCUCUGACAUCCCCGCUUCUCCAGGUCGGUGGUGGUUGCUGCACUCGCCCGCCCGCUGCCCACAUGGCCCUGAGAGGCGUCUCCGCGCGGCUGCUGAGCCGCCGACCCCUCCUGUGCUUCCAGCGCGCGUGGGGCUCGGCGGCGGCGUUGACCGAGAAGGGCGGGAAGACACAGAAACGACCGGCCAAAUCCUUUCGUCCUGAGUUUGACUGGAGGGACCCGCUGGUGCUGGAGGAGCAGCUGACAGCUGAUGAGAUCCUCAUCAGGGACACGUUUCGCACCUACUGCCAGGAGCGCCUGAUGCCUCGCAUCCUGCUGGCCAAUCGCAACGAAGUUUUUCACCGGGAGAUCAUCUCAGAGAUGGGGGAGCUUGGUGUGCUGGGUCCCACUAUCAAAGGGUAUGGCUGUGCUGGAGCCUCAUCUGUGGCUUAUGGGCUCCUGGCCCGGGAACUGGAGCGGGUGGACAGCGGCUACAGGUCAACAAUGAGUGUCCAGUCCUCCCUUGUCAUGCACCCCAUCUACGCUUAUGGCAGUGAGGAGCAGCGGCAGAAAUACCUGCCCCGGCUGGCCAAAGGGGAGCUCCUGGGAUGCUUUGGGCUCACAGAACCCAACCAUGGGAGUGACCCUGGCAGCAUGGAGACCAGAGCCCACCACAACCCAUCCAGCAGGAGCUACACCCUCAAUGGGGCCAAGACCUGGAUCACCAACUCGCCUGUGGCUGACCUGUUUGUAGUAUGGGCUCGGUGUGAAGAUAACUGCAUUCGGGGCUUCCUGCUGGAGAAGGGGAUGCGGGGCCUCUCGGCCCCCAAGAUCGAGGGCAAGUUCUCCCUGAGGGCCUCGGCCACGGGUAUGAUUGUCAUGGACGGUGUGGAGGUACCAGAGGAGAACGUGCUGCCCAAUGCCUCUGGGCUGGCGGGUCCCUUUGGCUGCCUAAACAACGCCCGGUAUGGCAUUGCCUGGGGUGCACUUGGAGCUGCUGAGUUCUGUUUGCAUACAGCCCGGCAGUACACCCUGGACAGGAUACAGUUUGGCGUCCCACUGGCCAGGAACCAGCUGAUUCAGAAGAAGCUGGCAGAUAUGCUCACUGAGAUCACAUUGGGCCUUCAUGCCUGCCUGCAGCUUGGCCGCUUGAAGGAUCAAGACAAGGCCACCCCGGAAAUGGUCUCCUUGCUGAAGAGGAACAACUGUGGGAAGGCCCUGGACAUUGCCCGCCAGGCCCGAGACAUGCUGGGGGGAAAUGGGAUUUCUGACGAGUAUCAUGUGAUCCGGCAUGCCAUGAACCUGGAGGCCGUGAACACCUAUGAAGGUACUCACGACAUUCACGCUUUGAUCCUCGGAAGGGCAAUCACAGGGAUCCAGGCAUUCACGGCCAGCAAGUGAAUACACUUCACCUGGGAGCCUGGAUGGUCCCGAACCCCUUCCCAGGAGGUUGCUGUGCUCUGAGCUUACUCAGGGAAGUGGCAGAUGGAGCCAAUUUUUAUGGUGGGAGGUGAGAGACACUGAUUUUUAAAUUUUUUGAAGUCACUCAAAUGUGCUCCUUAAAAAGAAGAUGGGACUCUCUGUACCAAGUUUCUUAAUCCAGUGGACCACACUUACCUUGGAACAGAAGCUUCUCUUGAUGGGGAGCAGGGAGAAAAAAGAGUGACACAGAAGCAAACUCUGUGAGACCUGACCUGGUGUCUGACUAAGUAACCCUCCCCUCGAGUUCCCUGUGUGCCCUCUGACCCUCCUGUCUGAGGGAUAAGUGCCUUAUGCUGGACGCUGGGGCAUAAUGAGGGGGAGAGAGAGAAUAAUACAGUCUGGGAGGAGGGCAAUGGGGGGGCAAUGGGGGAUAUCUAUAAUACGAUGAAAAAUUAAAAACAAAAAAGAGUCUGCA